CUGACCAGAAUGCAGUGCGGUAAAAACACAGAAUGUGAUUGGCUGCUGACAAAAAACGUUCCAGGAAGUGGUGAGUCGGUCGAAUUACAUUUGCCGACUUUAAAUCCACGCUGAAAAUCCUCCUUAUGACAGUCUGCUGUUGAGACUCCCACAAAUAAGUCUUUUGAACAGAAAGCUCUCUCAUGGCUGGCAGAAGAGUCGUGGUCUUCCCCUCCUCAGCUGAGCUUGGUCCGGUGCUGGCCCAACUGGUGGCAUCUCGGGCUGAGAAGGCCAUCACCUCUCAUGGCAGGUUCACCCUUGGGCUCUCUGGAGGAAGCCUUGUGUCCAUGCUCAGCAAAGAGCUGCCCGCCAUACCAGACCUAGACUGCAGCAAGUGGCUAGUUGGUUUCUGUGAUGAGCGACUGGUUUCCUUCGAUGAUACUGAGAGCACCUAUGGGCUGUACAAGAGUCAGUUGUUUUCCAAGGUCAACAUCCCAGACAGUGGGAUCUUAACCAUUGACCCCUCUCUGCCAGUCGACAAGUGUGCUGAGGAUUAUACUCAUAAGCUGAAAGAGGCCUUCCCAGAUGACGAUUUCCCAGUGUUUGACAUGUUACUGCUGGGUAUGGGACCUGAUGGACACACCUGUUCCCUCUUUCCAGACCACCCUCUCCUGGAGGAAGCCAAGAAGAUUGUGGCCCCGAUCAGCGACUCUCCCAAACCACCGCCACAGCGUGUGACUAUGACUUUUCCAGUGGUAAACUCUGCACGCUGUGUGGCUUUUGUAUCAACAGGAGGAAGCAAAGCCCCAGUUUUAAAGGAAGUGUUGGAGGGUAGAGAAGGUCCAGCGUUUCCAGCGGCCCGUGUCGUCCCGACUAAUGGCGAAUUGUUCUGGCUUGUUGAUGACCCUGCAGCUGCCUCCUUAACUAUCCAAGUAGAAAGGCUAGGCUCAGGGGCCAAACUGUAGAGCUUUUAAUGUGCAAAAAGAAGGCUCCUGCAUUGAUCAACAUUGGUGUGAAAACUUGAAAGCAGAAACUGGAAAACAGUGCAGAACAUUCCUACUUUCAACAUGAAGGUACCAUUGAUUUACAUAGGUUAGAUCAUGAGAUAGGAUGUGGAGAUUAACUAAUAAACUGAGGACACGGUUGUAAUUUCCAACGUAAAAUUUGGCACUUACUUAGUAUUGUUUAUUGGCUGUAUUUUUACUUCAUUUGGAUGACCAUUACUGUACAUAAUAAUGUACUGUAUGUGCAGAGUUUGAGAUUAAAGCCAAUUAUUGUCCAAAAUGUGCAACGUACACAAGUGUGUUGCAGCACGUUACUUGAGCUGAAUGGGAGACAUCUUGCACUGUCCUUCAUUUACUCUGUUAUUUUUCAAUGAGUAGAUGUAAUUUUAUGAAUUACAAAGUUUAUCUGUCUGGACAAGAUCUAUAAAUAUAGAUUUGAACAGCUGUAAAGUUUAGGAAAUUGGAUAUUCUACACAAAACAGUCGACUUAUCUGAAAAAGUGACAUUAAUAUACUGUAGAAAUCUAUGUUCUGAUUCUGAGCUCUGAGUUGCCUUCACACUUGUUGUAAAAUAUCCAAUAAAGUUACCUUUGUUGCUUAAAAUCAGCACUCAUUAAAAAAAAAACUUUUUACUAGCAAUUAAACUUAAAUACAAUGUUAAUUGAA